AUGGCAUCUAAUCCAGACCCUGAGUUGGGCAAGCGGGAGCUGCCCCAAGAUGGGCAUAUCGAAGAACCAGAGACCAAAGAACGACAGAUCCGCGGCAUCAACUGGAUCGUGGUUUGCGCUUCACUUUACAUCACUUGCUUUCUCUAUGGACUGGAUACCACAAUCGCUGCCGAUGUCCAAGGCCCUGUCGUCGCUGCAUUCGGUCAUGUCGACCAAUUCUCCUGGAUCGGAGCCGGCUUCCCAUUGGGCUCAGUAUGCGUCAUUCUCCUACUCGGCACCCUUUUCAACACCUUCAACAUGAAAUGGGUCUACAUUGCAACCGUGGUGCUGUUUGAAGUGGGAUCGGCCCUUUGUGGCGCUGCUCCAAAUAUGAACGCUCUGAUUAUUGGCCGCGUCAUCGCCGGCGCUGGUGGAAGCGGUAUCUACCUGGGAUCACUACAAUAUCUUGCGAUCAUGACAGUGGAGAAGGAACGGGGUCUUUAUAUGGCUCUCAUCGCCGUUUUCUGGGGCCUUGGGUGUGUGUUGGGGCCUCUGAUCGGUGGCGCCUUCGCCGUGUCUGCAGCCACCUGGCGCUGGGCCUUCUACAUCAACCUGGUGAUCGGUGCCAUCUCUGCCCCAGCAUUUAUUCUCUGUCUCCCAUCAAUCCGUCUCAUGCCAGACGUUCCCAGGCGGGAAAAGCUGGCUUCCAUCGACUUUGUCGGCUUCGUUCUGGGCGCCGGCAUGUGGGUGAGCUUUCUCCUCGCGUUCACAAUGGCUGGGGGCCAAUGGCCAUGGAAUGAUGGACGCACGAUUGCCACCUUUGUUGUAUUUGGCGCUCUCCUCGCACUCUAUGCCCUGCAGCAAUAUUUCGCGGUCUUUACUACCCCCGCUCGACGCGCAUUCCCGGGGCACUUGUUGCGCGAUCGUACACAGGUGCUCUUGUACGCCGUGACAGCGGCUGGAACCACCUCCGUGUUCGUCAUCGUCUAUUACCUCCCGAUCUACUUUCAGUUUGUGAAUAGCGACGGCGCCCUCAUGGCAGCCGUGCGUCUCCUGCCAUUCGUCGUCAUCGCCGUCGCGGUCAAUCUGGUCUCCGGCUCGCUCCUCCAUUUCAUCAAGCUCUACAAGAUCAUCUUCCUUCUCGCCAGCGUUUUUCUUCUGGUUGGUGGUGGUCCCAUGGUGGCUUAUUUGAAACCCAGCACGACGACAGGAACGAUCUAUGGGCUUUCAAUCCUCGCUGCUGUAGGAAGUGGCCUGUCGAUGGUUAUUGGCUAUACAGUUGCCACCUUGACGACCAAGCCGGAAGACACCGGCGCCGGGCUGAAAAUGCAGAAUGUUGCCCAGAUUGGUGGCCAAGUCAUUGCACUUGCUCUUGCAGGACAGAUCUACCGCUCGCGGGCUAUUGCAAAUCUGCAAUCUGCUCUGGCUGGUCACGGAUACUCGUACGACGAGAUUUGGACCGCGGUGGCGGGCACGCAGAGCGCAUUGUUUGAGGAGCUGGAGGGUCCACUACGAGACCGAGCAGUCGAUGCCAUCUCGCAGGCAAUGCGUAUGACGUUUGUGUUGGUUCCCGUUGCUGGAGCCGUCAUGUUUGUGGCAGCAAUGUUGAUGAAAUGGGAGAGACUUUUUGGCCAUGGUGUUGCUGUGGGUGGUUAA